GGCGAGUGUAGACAGAAACACAUCAGACUCGGGCAAUGCGGAAGGCCAAAACCGCACUCUGCUUAAUCACAGCCACUGGCCUCAGCUUUCAUGCCUUCAACCCCAAUUUUCUAUCAUCUUCCUCCGAUUGCUUUCCCAACUUUCCUGAGAAAUUACGCGCACCAAUCCAUGGCGUCUAUCGAUCUUCUCUCGCAAUCGCCACCAUUGCUUUCGCUGCUGUUGACUACAAGUUCACUUUACAUGGACUCUCGGUUGACUCUGAUGAGUAUCGUCAGAAGCUAUCUGAGGUUCAUAGAAGGUCCGCCUCGAGAAUUCGGAAAUUGUGUGAGGUCAAUAGAGGGUUCUAUGUGAAAGCUGGCCAAUUUGUUGCAGCUCUGCGACAGGUUCCCAAAGAAUACUCAUUAACUCUUUCCUCAUUGCAGGAUCAGGCAGUUCCUUAUCAUUUCAAGGCUAUUAAAGAGGUUUUUGUCACUCGAUGA